CAAAUGUACUUUCACAAGUAGCUGAAUACAACUGAUAGUUGAAAAAAGUAUUUGGUGUUUGGAAAGUUUUUUAAUUCAGUUGAACUGAUUGUACUAUGGGAAAAGAUAUUACCAUUUUGUUCAUUAUUGUGAUUUGUAUUGUCAAGUCUACAUGUGAGAUCUACAUCACAGAAACUUCUGCUAUCAGCAACAGUACUGACUGGAUAGGUGACUACACUGACAUAAAGACCAAAUUCUCAGUACGCUCAGCUGAAGAGCCAGAGGAAGAUCUGUGUUACUUGGUGCCUGGGAUUAAGGACUCAGUGGCACACUGUGGCUUUAACAAAAGUCGACCCACUUUUGCCAUCAUACAUGGUUGGUCAGUGUCUGGUCUGUUUGAGAGCUGGAUCCACAAGCUGGUAACAGCCCUGUUUGAGCGUGUGCCCGAAUCCAACGUCAUAGUUGUUGACUGGCUUGACAGGGCCCAGCUUCACUACCCCAGUUCUGCUGGCAACACCAGGCUGGUUGGAAGGGACAUAGCCAGGCUUAUCCACUGGCUAGAGGUGGAUCUGAAGUAUGACCUGGCCAACCUGCACAUGCUGGGUUAUAGCCUGGGAGCACACGUCGCAGGCGUUGCUGGGAACCUGACCAACAACAAGGUCAACAGGAUUACUGGCCUGGACCCGGCUGGCCCUCUCUUUGAGUACGCAGAGCACGCAAACCGCCUGUCCCCUGGCGAUGCCAAAUUCGUGGACGUCCUCCACACCAACAUCAUGGGGUCACCAGACCUCAGCAUCGGCAUCCAGAGACCCGUGGGCCACGUGGACAUCUACCCCAACGGAGGAACGGCACAGCCAGGGUGCUCUCUCCAGGACACACUGCAAAUGAUGAAGAACUUUGGCAUGUACCACUUUGAUCAGCUCUUAAAGUGCUCACAUGAGCGUUCCGUGCACCUGUUCAUCGACUCGCUGGUGAACCAGCAGCAGCAGAGCAUGGCCUACCGCUGCAGCUCGAAAGACGCCUUCAACAGGGGCCUGUGUCUCAGCUGCCGCAAGAACCGCUGUAACAACUUGGGCUACGGCAUCAACAAGAUACGGACCACCCGGAGCAACAAGAUGUACCUGAAGACUGGUGCCACCAUGCCCUAUAAAGUCUUCCACUACCAGAUGAAGUUCCAUGUCUUCAACCAGCAGAACCUAACUCUGAACGAGCAACCAAUCAAAGUGUCUUUGUUUGGAACACAUGGAGAGAAAGAAGACGUCCAACUGGUUCUGUCUAGUGUGAGUUCCAACACCACAUCAUCUUUCCUGCUGACAACAGAUGUUGACCUGGGAGAACUGCUGAGAGUCAGGUUGCGGUGGGAUAGUGACUCCUACUUCUCAUUCUUCAACCCAAACAAGUUCCUGGUUCGCAGGAUGAGAGUCAAAGCAGGGGAGACACAGUCCAAGGUUGUUUUCAAAGCAGAGAGUUACAGGGAGUUUGCCAACCUGGUCCAAGGAGGUGAUCCUGUGACCUUCACCAAAUCUAAAGAGGCUCGGAACAGCAGGACACACAAGAGGACCCACAGGCUCAAGAUACACGGUAGUUCAUUCAAAGGCCUUAAUGUCGCAUCCGCCGGCAUGUAGACAUCUUCAUUAUCCCCGUCAUCAGAGAAUUGAGAUGUCAUUUUAGUAACGGCUAGCUCAGUAGUGAUAAAAGGGUAUAUGUUUUGACAUUCCAGUCGAAAGCUCAGUUUGCUAGUAUAGUCCUUCAUAAUGGACAGCUCUGGAUGUUUCAGGACAAGUGUUAUGUUAGAGUGUGUUUUCUGUUGCUUUGGUGACGUUUUGAUUUGAUGUUUCUGAAGUAUCUGUAUGUCUCACUGUAUGUCCCUUGUGUUCAGAAUACAGUUUUAAAUGAUCUAUGCAGUCAUUAUGUCAUUAUUAAAUUGACUGACAACCCUUUAUCUGUUACAGGAUUUCAGUGAUAAAGAAAGUGAUAAAAGCAUCAAAUGUGAACAAUAUAUAUUUUUAUUAGUAUUUAAGACUAUUUGUGUGCCAGCACGAUUUAGGUUACAAACCUUUGAAAUCCAAGCCACCUAAUGGUCAUAUACCGGUCCGUACAUUUUACAGGCUGGCAUUGAACUAGGACACUUAUAGGCUGUCAUUGAACCAGAACACUUAUAGUCUGUCAUUGAACCAGAACACUUAUAGGCUGUCAUUGAACUAGGACUCUUUACAGGCUGUCAUUUAACUAGGACACUUACAGGCUGUCAUUGAACCAGAACACUUUACAGGCUGUCAUUGAACUAGGACUCUUUAAAGGCUGUCAUUUAACUAGGACACUUACAGGCUGUCAUUGAACUAGGACACUUUACAGGCUGUCAUUGAACUAGGACUCUUUACAGGCUGUCAUUGAACUAGGACUCUUACAGGCUGUCAUUGAACUUGGACACUUUACAGGCUGUCAUUGAACUAGGACUCUUUACAGGCUGUCAUUGAACUAGGACACUUACAGGCUGUCAUUGAACUAGGACACUUUACAGGCUGUCAUUGAACUAGGUCUCCAUGCCGAAAGAAAUCUGCACUACAAUAUUACACCCAUAAUGUAUGCACAUUUUAGUACAGAAAAGAUUAGGAAUACAGGGACUAGAUAGGGAAUAACGGGCCAUUUGAGACAGACCUGAACAGUUUAAUUGGAUCUUCCCGUGGGUGCUCUCAUAUGUUAUCUACAGUAACUUUCUAAAAUAAAAAAUAUUGAUAAAAUGUCUUAAAAUGAAGGAAAAUAAGAAUAUUGGAAGUUUUGCUGUCUGGUAAAAGUUCCAGACUUGGACGUACAAGGUUACAAUAGGCAGUGUUGUGACAUAUACAAACAUUUAAUUGGUUGUAUAUAAUGUAUCAAUAAGAUUGUAUAUAAUGUUUUGCUGUCUGCGCAAACUGUUUUAAAACCCAACAAUAUGUAUUUAUGUUUUUCUUCCAAUAAACAUUAUGGCUUGAU